CAUUUGGGUGAUUUCAGGUUGAGUUAGUGAUGGGAUGAUGAUCACCUCGAAGCAUCGUCCUAUCAGACUUGGAUCUGACGAUGUGAUAGGUCUAUGAGGACAUUACGUCUGAGACUCCGGUAGUGGCACGUCCUGAGUGUUACGUCCAGGGUUUUGCUUGAAAUUUGACGGACCCAGAUCUCCAAAUGUCCUGCUCUUGAAGUGAGGAAUAGAGGGCUCUGUCGGAGCAGAGAUUGUGGUCGUCGAAGGCAUGCUCUGAGUCGCCGAAUACAGCCCUAUCCCCCUAGAUGUAUUGUGCUUCGAAAAGACUCCGGGAAGAAACAAGUAGGAAUGUUGGGGAUCGACAUUAUCUAAGGGAAAGAGGUGUAUAGGGGAUGACUUGUGAGAUGAUCGUUGAGUGUGGCUCUCCAGUUGGUGAAAGGCCCAACAUGAGGGAGACGGGAUCCUUCGUAGUAGUGGGCGGAUCCGCCGUUGCUGGAGCUAAGCCUAAAUCCAAUGUUGUGGCGACAGUCAUGGCUUCACUUCUCUGGUUAAUUCUUGAAUUUGAAGCUAUUGUCACCGCCGAUUGCACUUGGGAUGAAGCACGUCAUUCUCUCGUUGAAGAUGGGUCAUCCGUUCCGCCACCUCACGCCGGAUUUCCUCUUUCUCCAUUUCUAGCCGUUCGUGAAACUCAAUCAAUAAGGGAUUAGUUCCAACCAUGAUUGAUCUUUCUCUUGGACGAUGCCCCACGGUGGGCGCCAAAUUGUUUAAGUAAGAAUUAAACUAAUCUAAAUAAUAUGAUGAAAAGGGAUCGUGCAAGAUACUAGAAAAUUGAAGUUUGAUCAACAAAUAUUUAGUAAAUAUCUCAAUGAAUGUUUCAGCUUAAACACAAUGAAAAGAGAACAAGUUGAUCUGAAUUGAUCGUGUGUAUUUUCCAUUGGACUAGUCUAUUUAAAUCUAUCUGAUCUUUCUUCCUCGAUUGUGAGCCCACUGCCCGAUGAAGUAGCGGCCACUCCUAGUCAUGCGGAAGUUUAUUCCUUGUCUCUCUCCAAGCUUUACCCUCUUCCCUCCAUUCCGAGUUCACCAUUUGUUUAAUAGGGAUUCAAUACUACGCUUAACGUUCCCAUUAAUUACCAGGCAUCCUGUUUUUCAUUCAUGAUGUGUCUUCCCUUGGGCCCAAUAAUCUGUAGCCCAACAGUGAUUCGAAACGAAAAAAUGAUAGUCUGGAAGUCUCCUUGACAAGACGCACCGCCAAUGUUUUUCAUUAAAUUUUCUAGCCUCUUUUGAAAUUAAAGUCAUUGUUUGUCAUUUUUCUCCGACGAUUUCUAAUUGCGGUAGGUGCAGGACCCUCCAGUGAUAUAUGAAAAUGCACCCGACCAUAUUUACAUGUUCUAUACUUUUCGCUUAUUAUUUUAUUGGGGACAGCAAUAUAU